AUGCCAGUGGGUAAUUUCCUUCAGCAUAAGGGGAAUGGAAUCGUUCAAGAAUGGGACGGCUCAGACAUUCCAAGAACGUUUUUGAGCCCUGAACCCCCCCAGCUGAUUGACCUGGAGACAUGGAGAGGGUUCACCGACGAACAGAAACUUGCCAUUGUCGAAAAAGAGGCGGAUGAGAAUGGCAUCGAGCGACCGACGGGUUAUAAUGUGUCUUUCCAUUAUAACCCCAAAGUUGAAGGCCAUCAUUUCGGUCGAUCGCAUCCCAUGAAGCCAUGGCGAUUAACCCUCACCAAGCAACUCGUGCUCGGCUACGGGCUGCAAUAUGCCAUGGACACGUAUGUGUCGCGUCCAGCGAGUAGGCAGGAGCUCGAAAUAUUCCAUGGGAAAUCGUAUUUGAAUUUCUUGUCAAGCAUUACCCCCGAAAAUAUGGAGCAAAUGGGCGAUCUUGGAAGGUUCAACUUCGGAGACGACUGCCCAGUAUUCGACGGAAUGUGGGAUUAUUGUCGACUAUAUGCCGGAGCCUCCUUCGAUGCGGCGGCAAAGUUGAUCAGUAAACAAUCGGACAUCGCGAUUAAUUGGUCCGGCGGACUUCAUCAUGCCAAGAAAAACGAAGCUUCCGGAUUUUGCUACAUCAACGACAUCGUCUUGGCUAUUCAAGCGAUGCUAACUGUGGAGAGUCGUGUUCUCUACGUCGACAUCGACGUUCACCACGGAGAUGGUGUUGAACAAGCCUUUUGGUCUACCGAUCGAGUCAUGACUCUCAGCUACCACAAAUUCGGCGACUUCUUCCCUGGUACGGGAGCUAUGGAUGAAACCGGACCAGAAAGCAUUGAAAAUCCAGGCUGGAAGAUGGCCCUGAACGUACCCUUGCACGAUGGCAUCGACGAUGAGCAGUAUCGGGAUCUAUUCUCCGAGAUCACCGGUGCUGCCAUUGAGACGUUCAAUCCCGGUGCCAUUGUUCUGCAAUGCGGUGCUGAUAGCUUGGGUGGCGAUCGACUUGGCAAGUUCAAUCUCAACAUCAGAGCCCACGGUUACUGCAUCGAAUUUGUCAAGUCCAAAUGCCACAACCGACGGCUCAUGCUGGUUGGCGGUGGUGGUUACACGCCGCGAAACGUGGCUCGCGCGUGGUGCCACGAGACAUCUGUCUGCGUUGGUGCUUCGCUUAAAAAUCAUAUUCCUGGGCAUGUUCCUUAUCGACAGGCAUUUACUGGAGAAGAGAACGGCGACGGACUAAUGUAUCCCGACCUCGCCAACCACCCCUCGAAACGUCACCCAAAUCUGCACUCGAAGGAGUACUUGCAGAUGAUGAAACAGAACAUCCAUACCCAGUUACGAUUCAUCCAAAACACCGCGACUAUCAAGAUGGACCGCCUGCCGGACAAUUACCUGCAAUUGCGAGCUGAAGUUGACAAACAAUUCCGGGAAGAGCAAGAGGAGAGAGAGCGGCUGGAGGCGGAACGCAAGCAGAAGGAGAAGAAUAUCGGCAGCAAGAACGAGCUCCGGGGAACUUGA